AUGAAAGUGGUCAUCUCUGCCCCCUGUGUUGUCCAGGACACCACCUGUAAACUCAACGUCAAUGUGAUUUUGGUGGCAAAGUUCAUGUUUCGAGCCGAGAACAAUCACGAGAUUUCCGUCAACAAGGGCGAUGUUCUCAAGCUUUUGGACCGGCCGGGGAACGGCUGGCUCUUGGUUAAAUUCAUUGACAAGUUGGAGAAACCUGGACUUGUUCCGGCAACCUAUGUAGAAAUUGUACUUAAUGAUUCCGUGAGCCCUGUCACCGUGCAAUGGUUGCAGGAAACUUCUGAUUUAUCAAGAAGUGGAUCCCUUCAAGUUUCCCCACCUUCAUUUGGAAGACCUCCACGACUACAACUGGUCCAAAUCCUACAUUGUCUCCUUCAUAAUGAACGGUAUUGGUAUCGAUUAGAUGCGCAAUAUUCUGACAAUUCUGGCCGAUUUCUUUGUAAAUAUUAUCUGGACUUUUAUGAAUUACAUGCUCUUUUACAAGAACAUUUCACAGUACUUCCAAAAUUACCACAACCGGUACAAUUCAUAUCCUCCCAAGAUAUGGUUUCAAAUUUGAAAAAAAGGUGUAAGGACUUGGAUAAUUACGUAAAUGAAUUGUUUCAAAAUGAGGCAAUUGUAACCAGUGGGAUUGUUUCAGAUUGGUUAGAUAUUUCGAAACAGGGGAAUAUUGGAUUUUUUGUUGAGGAUCUUCUGAGAUUUAACUUGACUUCGUAUGAAAUUAGUCAGAAUGUUCAGCCUAAUCUGUCGGAGAUUGACCGGUGA